AUGGAAAUCGUACAGGAUUUGGCAGCCUCCACUUUGAAAGAUAAUCCAUACUUUAGUGCCGGUGCUGGGCUAUUUGGAGUUGGGAUAGGAAUGGCUGCCCUUAGAAGAAUGAGUCAAGUUAUAAACCUUCUCGUUCGCCGUAAUCUCACUUUAACUUUAGAAGUAGCCAGUCAUGAUAAGGCUUAUCCCUGGGUUUUACAUUGGAUUACGCUGAAAUCUAAUGGACCGUUAAAGAAAGGUGGAAAAAACAAAAUAGGUGGUACAAGUCAACACUUAAGUGUUGAAACUAGUGUAGUACGUACAGAAGGCGGGCGAAUCAAAGCUGCAUUCGGCUUUGUGCCUAGCGUUGGCGUUCACUAUAUGGUUCACCAAAUGAAAUUAAUCCGAAUUGAACGUGUUCGUGCUCAACAAUCCUUACAAGGUGCUACUGUAGCUCCAUUCGAAAGUGUAACUCUUACGACGUUCGGUCGCAACGCCAGAUUUUUUAUUGAUUUGCUCGAGGAGGCUAGAGAAGAAGCUCUUGCACGUGAAAAGGGUUGGACCGUUGUUUACAAGGCUGUUGGUUCAGAAUGGCGCCAGUUUGGUUAUCCUCGUCCACGUCGACCUUUAAAUUCUGUCAUACUGCGUGAUGGUAUAGCUGAAACUAUUGUAGCUGAUGUCAAAGAGUUUGUUGACAACCAGGCCUGGUACACUGAUCGUGGUAUACCAUAUCAUCGUGGUUAUUUAUUAUAUGGACCACCAGGAUGUGGCAAAACUAGUUUCAUAACAGCUUUGGCAGGCCAUUUAGAUUAUAGCAUUAGCAUAUUAAAUUUAAGCGAAUUCGGCAUGACGGCAGAUCGAUUAGAUCAUUUAUUAACGCAUGCACCGCUUCAAACUAUCAUCUUACUUGAGGAUAUUGACGCAGCAGUGCAUAGUCGUAACACAUCAAAUAAUGAUCUACUUCAUAGCAAAGCUUAUGAAGGUAUGCCAACACUCACUUUAAGUGGAUUGUUAAAUGCACUAGAUGGUGUAACCUCGACGGAUGGUCGCAUCAUAUUCAUGACUACAAACUAUAUCGAUCGACUUGAUCCUGCUCUAAUACGACCCGGUCGCGUUGAUAUGCGUGUACGAGUUGACGUUUGCGAUUCGUCUCAACUAAUGCGCAUGUUUAGUCGAUUUUACCCACAGUGGACGUCGUCUGACAUUAAUAAAUUAGCUCAAAAGUUUGCAAGUCUAUUAAAGGAUACACCUUUGAGUUCAGCACAAGUUCAAGGUUAUUUGCUGUUGCAUAAAGAUGACCCUUUAAAAGCAAUCAGUAAUAUAAAUCAACUGUUGUCUCCAUAUGAUUCAUAA